AUGGCCCCCAGGCCCAACAGCAGCAACAACCGCGACACCUCCGACGGACCAGCGACGAACACCAUGGCCCCCGGGCCCAAUAGCAGCAACAACCGCGACAACUACCGCUGCCAUGGUUACCCGGGACCCAUGAACCCAACCCAAAUGGUCCAUCACUAUCUUGCACACGAGAGCCUUUUCCACCUUCGAAAAGCCCAGAUGGGUUUGGGACAGGCCCGAAACUUUAUGCUUCAACUGCUGCAGAUCGAGAAAGAUGCGGGCAGGGACGGGGACGAUCUGGCCAUGGUGUGCAAUCAACUGGCCGCGUCUCACGGUAAACUGGAGGACAUGAUCGGCUCCGUGACCGAGAUGACCGAAGGUCUGGUCCAGUGGAGCAUGUCCGCUGCGAGCCUUGCCGAGCAGGCCAACACCAACGGCGUCGUUGCUGUCAAUGGCACACACGUCCACUCUGCCGAAGCAGCCAUGCCCGAGACUGAGGAGGCGUCGAUGUUGAACGGCUCGGAGGAGCGCGGCCCCAAUGGUGCCCUGGCAGAAGAAGAAUAG